GGGGCUCAGGAUGGCCAGUCUGGCUCCUGCUUUGGUGACUGUGAUGAUGAUGAUGAAGCUGAAUGGAUUACUUUUCAAGUCAAACGUCUUAAGAAACCAAAAUUAGAUGGCUCUAAUAUGGCGGACCUCCCUGAGGGGGCUGAUGAAGAUUCCAUUGAUGUAGGAAGUGCUGACUUACAAGCUGCCCUGGAAAUCAGUGGUCCAAAAAUACCUGCUCCAGGUCCGCAAGGCAGGCGACCUGAUUACCGUAGUCUGGGGUGGCCGAGUCCUGAUGAGUGCCUGAAAUUACGCCGUGUUGAAUUGUCUACA